GGGGGAGGUGGUGGGAGACCGAGAGACGUCAUAGAAAGGAGAGAGAGAGAGAUUUGAAACACCGCGUUCAGAGUUCAGCCAGCAGUGAGCCGUUUCUCUCUCUCGCCCUCCACUCCCUUGCACCGGCGUGGAGAGGUCUGUCCUGGGUCUCUCGUCUUCGGCUGGGAAUCGAAGAUGUCUCUCAAAGACUGCGCAUCUGAAUGGACGGACUUGGAGAAAGAUUACCAGGCGCUGAAGGAGCGCCACCGGGUGUACAUGGAGCGGCUGGCCGAGUUGACCUCCAUGCAGUCCGCGUGCUCCUCCUCCAUCUCCCGCCAGAAGAGGCUACUCAAGGACCUCAACAGCAAGCUCAAGAGGUGCGGCCGUGGUGGAGGCGCGAGCGGAGAGGAGAUGGAGAAGCUGGAGAGGAUUGGUGUCGGUGUGAAGGAGCAGGAGGUCACCUUCGAGGAAAUGGAGGCGUUCCUCCCCAAGAAGAAUGGGCUCUACCUGCGCUUGGUCCUGGGCAACGUGAACCUCACUCUGCUGAGCAAGCAGGCCAAGUACGCCUACAAGGACGAGUACGAGACCUUCAAGCUGCGCCUCACCAUCGUCUGCUUCCUCAUGUCGCUCACCCUACUGCUGGGCGUCAACACCAGGGUGACAGACGCCAUCCUUAACUUCGUGCUCGUGUGGUACUACUGCACGCUCACGCUCAGGGAGAGCAUCCUCAUCAACAACGGCUCCCGCAUCAAGGGCUGGUGGGUGAUCCACCACUAUGUGUCCACCUUCCUCUCCGGAGUCAUGCUCACCUGGCCGGAUGGGGAGAUGUACCAGAGCUUCAGGACGCAAUUCCUGGGCUUCUCCGUGUACCAGAGUGUGGUGCAGUUCUUGCAGUACUACUACCAGAGUGGAUGCCUCUACCGCCUGCGAGCUCUGGGGGAGAGACGCAGCCUCGACAUCACAGUGGAGGGGUUCCAGUCGUGGAUGUGGCGGGGCCUCGCCUUCAUCAUCCCCUUCCUCUUCUUCGGCCACUUCUGGCAGCUGUACAACAGCUACACGCUCUACCACAUGUCCCUGUCGCCGCAGUGUCGUGAGUGGCAGGUGCACGUGGAGGCGCUUGUCUUCUUCGUCCUCUUCAUCGGAAACUUCUUCACAACCCUCAAGGUGGUGUCCUCGAAAAUGCGCGAGAGAUACACUCGGCACAAGAGAACAUGACACGGCAGCAACAGCAACAAGAGAAGCCUCUACAACAACAACAAGAGCCACCACAACGAGCCACCACAACAACGAGCCACCACAACGAGCUGCAACAACAACGAGCCGCUACAACAACAGUAUCAAGAGGAACUGAAGCAGCAUCCGAGUCUUGAGCAGCAUUAAAAGCAUCAACGGCAACAGCAACAAGAGGAGCCAGCAAGUGGAGGAGCAGCAGUAAGAGGAGGAGCAGUAAUUGGGUGGGGAGGGGGGGGGAUGCUUAAACCAAAAUUCCAUUCUAUGAGUAGGACCGAUUUGGAUGUCACUCGGCACUGAUAUUGGCCGUGGUCAGGAAUCAAAGUCGGAUCGUCGGAUUUGUAGCGCAGCGUGAUAACCGCUGCACUACCGCUCCUCACGCGCGCGCACACACACACACUGGCCAACACACACUGGCCACCACACCA